GCAGGCGGUUCUCAAACACGAGACACUUACUAGCUAGCAGCCCGUACGUGCGUGCUACGUGGUGUUCCGGAGAAAUCGAUCGACAUGAGCCAGGGCCAGCCGAGGAGGCCGCAGCAGGGCGAGGACCUGCAGCAGCACGCGCAGGAGCAGCCCGUCAAGUACAGCGACGUGCUGGACGUGUCAGGCGAGCUGGCCCAGCGGCGCGUGGCUCCCAGGGACGCCGCGCUGCUGCAGGCCGCGGAGCAGUCCGUGCUCGGCGGGACGCAGAGGGGCGGUCCCGCCGCCGUCCUGCAGUCCGCGGCGACGGUCAACGCGCGCGCGGGCCACGUGGGCAGGGCCCAGAUCACGGGCCCCGUCGCCGACGCCGGCGCCACCGUCGUCGAGGCCGAGCUCGGAGGCCGCCGCGUCGUCACCGAGUCGGUCGGCGGGCAGGUGGUGUCGAAGAUGGUGACCCCGCCGCACGUGGCGAUGACGGACCCGCCGGGCGCGCUGGACAAGGACGCCGUCACGAUCGGCCGCGCGCUGGAGGCCGUGGUCGCGAUGGCUGGGGACAGGCCGGUCGACCAGAGCGACGCGGCGGCCAUCCAGGUCGCGGAGACGUGCGCCACCGGGUCCCACGCCACCAUCCCCGGCGGCGUGGCCGCGGCGGCGCAGUCGGCGGCUGAUCAGAACGCCCGCGCCGUGCGCGACGAGGACAAGGUCAAGCUCCGGAACGUCCUCUCGAACGCGAGGGAGAGGCUGCCGGCGGACAAGGGGGCGACGCGGGAGGACGCCGAGAGGGUGGUGUCCGCGGAGAUACGGAACAAGCUGGACAUGACGACCACGCCGGGCGGCGUGGCGGACGCGGUGACUACGGCGGCCCGGCUGAACCAGGAGCGCCCAAGGCCAUAGGUCGUGUGGCCUUAUCCCAAGUGGAGCACAGGGAACAGCGGAAGAAGCAUGCCAUGAGAAGACUCUUCUGCGUGCAGACGAGCGCGUGCAGUUGUAAUGAGUUUAUGACUACUACUACGUUAAGCAACACCACGUCCGCUUUCAAAACUUUCUUGUAAAAAUACGCGAAUGACACUCUGUCCGCAGUGUGUAGCAAUAAAAACGUUGCGAAUCAAGUUCUGUAAA